CAUGUGAUCAGAAACGGCACAAAAUGGAAGCCGAUGUACACGUUCACACUUCCUUGCUUUGCUACUUAAUUUUAUUGUUAAGUGCGGUUUUAGCAAAUAUAGACAGUAAUACCGAUACUGAUCUGCUGGACUUGUUGGUACCAUACCAAAACCUGCAUGGCCCAAGACAUUCCCAUCGAUACGUCAGAGACUGUCAGCCUUAUAAAUAUAAAAAUGUGACACAUGAAACAUUUAAACCUACUUCUGCCAUAAACUCAUCCAAACCACUGAUAUCAGUCAGACAAUUCGUAAAAAGUGAUGACAAACAUAGGUAUGACUUUGACCGUGCCCACUACAUCUAUGGUCAUUAUGCUGUGAUACAAGACCCCCUUAGGACGUUUUCUGUGGUCGAGCCAGGGGGGCCAGGGGGGUGCAUGGAUGACCACUGGGUGAGGAUGACCACUAAGGACUCUGCCAGGACAAAAAAUUGUGUGGUAGCUGCUAAUGCUGGGUUUUUCAAUACUACAAAUGGGGCGUGUUUAGGUAAUAUCAUCAGUGAUGGCAGACUUGUACAGAACUCUGGAGGAGUGCAGAAUGCACAUUUUGGUAUUAAGAAGGAUGGCAGCUUGUUCAUUGGGUACCUUCCAGAGUAUGAGGUUCUGCAUGGAGACUUUCAGCAGCUGGUUGGAGGGGUUUUAUGGCUCCUUAGAGAUGGCGAGUCAUACUUGACAGAGAGCAUAGCUGCUGAAUGCCAGGACACAGAAGAAACUGGUACCCUGAAAACAUUUGCAGAGGUCCAGUCUGCCAGAACAGCACUGGGACAUGACAAAGAGGGGAAUGUUGUCAUAGUACAGGCUGAAGGACGAACUCACCAUAGAGGCAUGAAUCUAUAUGAUUUCGUAGAGUUUUUGAAGAGCCUAGGUCUAGUCAAUGCAAUCAAUUUAGACGGUGGUGGAUCAGCUACUUUCAUAGUCAAUGGAUCGUUGAGCAGUUAUCCCUCAGACAAAUGUCCAGACAACCCAACAUUUGGCUGUGAAAGAAAAGUGUCAACCAUUGUAUGUGCCCACGAGCCUGAAUGUCAACCAUCCCAUAAUUGUAGUGGUCAUGGAAACUGCGUGGGGGGUAUUUGUAUUUGUGAUGAAUAUUGGAUGGGACCAUCAUGUGACCUGCUGAUGUGUGGGGUUCACAACUGUAGCAGACAGGGAGUGUGCACGGAAUCUGGUUGUGACUGCCACAAAGGUUGGCUUGGGGAGCAGUGUAAUGAGCCAUGCACAGAACAUAGAUAUGGCUAUCAAUGCUCAGAACAGUGCAGGUGCCAGAACAAUGCCACUUGCAGUCCUGUAGAUGGCAGUUGUGUAUGCAAGCCAGGCUACACUGGUCUUUUAUGCACAGAAAAAUGCCCUUAUGGGUUUUUCGGAGAGUCAUGUAAGAGCUUGUGUUACUGUGAGGACAGUUGCUCCUGUAACCACAUAACUGGGGAGUGCAAUAUUACAGCUGAUGUGGAUGCUGACUUAUUUCAAGACAACCCAACAUUUGGCUGUGAAAGAAAAGUGUCAACCAUUGUAUGUGCCCACGAGCCUGAAUGUCAACCAUCCCAUAAUUGUAGUGGUCAUGGAAACUGCGUGGGGGGUAUUUGUAUUUGUGAUGAAUAUUGGAUGGGACCAUCAUGUGACCUGCUGAUGUGUGGGGUUCACAACUGUAGCAGACAGGGAGUGUGCACGGAAUCUGGUUGUGACUGCCACAAAGGUUGGCUUGGGGAGCAGUGUAAUGAGCCAUGCACAGAACAUAGAUAUGGCUAUCAAUGCUCAGAACAGUGCAGGUGCCAGAACAAUGCCACUUGCAGUCCUGUAGAUGGCAGUUGUGUAUGCAAGCCAGGCUACACUGGUCUUUUAUGCACAGAAAAAUGCCCUUAUGGGUUUUUCGGAGAGUCAUGUAAGAGCUUGUGUUACUGUGAGGACAGUUGCUCCUGUAACCACAUAACUGGGGAGUGCAAUAUUACAGCUGAUGUGGAUGCUGACUUAUUUCAAGUUGGAACCUGUCUUGCUGAAUCUCGUAUUCGAAGGGAACAUUUAGUGAAAGAUCAGUCAGAGCAAAUGAGUCAGCUUCUGCUUACCGUGGUCAUCCUUUCCAUCCUAGCUGCCACCAGCAUUACCAUCAAUAUAUCUCAGGUUUGCUUUUAUGCAAUAUGCAAAAAGACUAAGACUAAUAAUAAUAAAUACCAUAAGCUUAGGCGUAUACCCAAAGACUACUACAUGGACAGUGAGGAUGGGGAUGAUGAGGAAGAGAUGGAUGAGGAGGAGGAACUGGAUGAGAGUAUCACAGAGACUUCUUUUUUAACUGGAGGUUCAAAGUUUAAACAUGCUCCCAAGUCAUGAAAGCCAGUUUCAAAGAUUCAGAUUGAGAGGAGGGAAAAAAAAAA